AUGGCAGCGACCAGGUCCCACCACCCUUUAGUAUUUGCAACCAGCCUCCACCAUCCUAUAGUACCUGUGACCAACCUCCACCACCCUUUAGUCCCUGUGACCAACCUCCUCCACCUUUUAGUCCCUGUGUCCAGCCCCCACCGCCCCCAUCACCCUUUAGUCCCUGUGACCAACCUCCUCCACCUUUUAGUCCCUGUGUCCAGCCCCCACCGCCCCCAUCACCCUAUAGUCCCUGUGACCAACCUCCACCACCCUUUAGUCCCUGUGAUGAGCCUCCACCACCCUAUAGUUCCUGUGACCAACCCCCACCACCCUUUAGUCCCUGUGAUGAGCCUCCACCACCCUUUAGUUCCUGUGUCCAGCCCCCACCGCCACCUCCACCCUAUAGUUCCUUCGACCAACCCCCACCACCCUUUAGUUCCCGUGUCCAGCUACCACCGCCUCCACCACCCUUUAGUUCUUCUGUCCAACCUCCACCACCCUCUAGUCUCUGUGUCCAGCCCCCACCACCCCCAUCACCCUUUAGUUCCUGUGACCAGCCUCCACAACCCUUUAGUUCUUGUGUCCAACCACCAUUGCCUCCACCACCCUUUAAUGCCCAGCCCCCACCGCCUCCACCUCCCUUAA